UUAUGCGCUUCUGGAAUUGAGGAGAGAAUAUGGGUGAAAGGGGGAAUGCUCAUCCUGCAUGAUUUUGGUUUGCUUACCGAGUAAAACUACCACAGACCCUUCGAAUUCUCCUGUGAUCAGGGUAAGCUUCUUUCGGGAGGAAUGUGAAUUCCCUGUCAGUCUUACUCUAAACAUUUUGACUCGCUUUUUACUGGGGAGAUCUGCUGAUAUUCACACAGCCUCUUGGGGAAAUCGUUGUUUGUGCAUCAUGCCAUAAUGGAUGGAUGGAGGGUGAUGAGAACGUUUCGACUGGAAUCUUUAAACUUUGCUAUCACGCUUAUUUUGGAUUGUGAUAUAUGACUUGGAUGUGGCAUCGUUUCUCAGACGCGCUGUUAAUAUUGGACACCACGAUUUUACGCGGGAAUUAUGUGCAUGGAUAUGGUAGAAAACUAGAUCGGGAGACAUGUUCCAUGGUGAAACUACAUGCUUGACACACGGAUACCCCUCUGACUCGCUUAUAUUCCGGGGGCAGCGACGGGCAGGUGCGCGUUGGAAUCGGCGGCUGCGCGAAGCGACUGGGGUCCUGGACUAGAACCGUACCGUCUGAUGAGAGCGCGUGUCAUGCGGACUCAGCUGUCGCGCGCUGUAAGGCUUUAAAACCUGUGGACAGGAGCUGACAGAUAAGCUGAUAUGUCCUCUGCCAUGCGGCGCCGCUGGCUUAUGGUGCCUCUGCUCAUGCAGGUGUGGCUGGCAGCAUCUCCGUCCCUCAGCGAGCGUCCAUGCCCCAAGAGCUGUCGCUGCGAUGGGAAAAUUGUCUACUGUGAGUCCAGCGGUUUUCGCGAUGUGCCCAAGAACCUCUCAGGGGGCUGCCAAGGCCUGUCAUUACGCUACAACAGUCUGGUCAGUCUCAGAGCUGGACAGUUUGUGGGCCUCAACCAGCUCAUCUGGCUCUACUUAGACCACAACUACAUUGCCUCUGUAGACGUACUGGCCUUCCAAGGCGUCCGAAGGCUCAAGGAGCUGAUCCUGAGCUCAAACAAGAUCACAAUGCUCCACAACACCACUUUCCACCCUAUACCCAACCUCCGCAAUCUGGAUCUGUCUUACAACAAACUGGCGGCCCUGCAGCCGGGCCAGUUCCAGGGCCUCCGCAAGCUCCUCAGCCUGCACAUGCGCUCCAACUCCUUGAAAAGCAUUCCUGUGCGUCUGUUCCAGGACUGCAGAAACCUGGAGUUCCUGGACCUGGGCUACAACCGCCUGCGCAGCAUCACMCGCAAYGCCUUYUCAGGCCUGCUGAAGCUGACCGAGCUGCACCUGGAGCACAACCAGUUCUCCAAGAUMAACUUYUCCCACUUCCCACGCCUCUACAACCUGCGGGCGCURUACCUGCAGUGGAACCGCAUCCGCUCCAUGAGCCAGGGCCUCACCUGGACCUGGACCUCCCUGCAGAAGCUGGACCUGUCUGGCAAUGAUCUGCAAGAGGUGGAUGCUACGGUCUACCAAUGCCUGCCCAACCUUCAAACACUCAAUCUGGAUUCCAACAAGCUGACCAACGUGUCCCAGGACACCGUGUCUGCCUGGAUCUCUCUGACCACCAUCAGCCUGGCGGGGAACGUGUGGGACUGUGGCCCUGUGGUCUGCCCCCUGGUGGUCUGGCUGAGGAACUUCAAGGGGAACAAGGAGAACAACAUGAUCUGCGCUGCCCCCAAGGAAGCGCAGGGAGAGAAGGUCAUGGAUGCUGUUGACACCCACAGUGUGUGUCGGGAUAACGCAAUCACACCCCUCACGGCCAGCGCCCCACCCACACCAUCUAAUGACCCAGACCAGACAGAGCGCCGCCCAGUCUACCCCACACCACCCACGCAAGGUGGGAAGAGGGGGGAGGGAUCCAGAGGAGGCCCUACGUCUCCAGCUGUUACCUCGGUCGUGGCGCCACCACCUGAACAGUUUGAGCCUGUGUCCUUUCACAAGAUAGUGGCGGGGAGCGUUGCCCUGUUCUUGUCUGUGGUGAUGAUCCUGUUGGUGAUCUAUGUUUCGUGGAAGCGCUAUCCUAGCAGUGUCAAGCAGCUGCAGGAGCAUUCGGCCGCAGCUCGCAAGCGCCGGAAAAAAGCCAGAGAGACGGAGCGCACGCUGAGUUCCCCACUGCAGGAGUACUAUGUGGACUACAAGCCCACCAAUUCGGAGGCCAUGGACGUGCUUGUCAAUGGGACUGGCUCCUGCACCUACACCAUCUCAGGCUCCAGGGAAUGCGAGGCCCCGCACCAGAUGGGAGCCCUAACAUACUACCGGUAUGAGCAGCCUAUCGUGGACUACUGCCAAGCCCAUCAGCCCCUGCGGCUCAACAUGGGCUACGAGGGCCCCCCGCAGGGCUUGGAGGAGCUGGGGCCACGCGAGAGGGCCACCAUACAGACUGUAGCGCUGCCCACUGUGCCCUCUGCCACCAUGGGGGUGAGGGCCAGGCCCCGCUCACCGCCCUCUAUCCUCAGAGUCCCGUCCGAGGGCACCGGUGGUCCCUUCCCUCCCCCAGAGCGCACUACCACGCUCACCUUUGGACGCUAACAGCUGGAGCGAGAGGCUGUCAUUUGAGGCAGGGUGGGGAUGCCACAGAUCCACCAUGACUCUUGAAUAGAGGGCGAUGGAGCAGAAUGGUUCUUUGGGGCCUUUUUUAGCACAUUGGCAUGGGAAGCCAUAAGGGGGCGGAGGUGAGGAGAAGAAAACAAAAAAUAUAUAAAUUUACAUGGCUAGAUGCCUUUGGCAUCUGGCACCCGGAAUGUGACCAUUAUGAAGGCUGAUGCAUCCUGGGAGUUCUGCUAUCAUCUCUCUUUAUAUUUUCAAACACUUCAAAGUGGCCCUCCUGCUCCCCUCCUCCUGGCUCUUGGGAAACUUGAAACGUGAUGCAACAUGCAUGACACGUUAACAUUAACAUCGCUUUGGUUACAGCUCUGGCCCAUACAGCGACAACAUUGUCGGGUGCCUGCACCAGGGAAUGGAUAAUGACAGUUCUUUCACGCUGUGUUUGGAGUGAAAAAGGAAUGUGCAAUAAACAAGGUUUCUGGAGGAAAAUGAAAUGAGGGAGAUAUAAAGAAAGAGAAACAUCAUGAUACAAAAUCAUGUUAACCAGAGCUCAAAGGCUUGCUGUUAUUCUUAUUAAAAUUGCCAGUCAGUGGUCAUAAUGCUAUCUAAUGGGAAUCAUUAUUUCAUUAAAAUGAGCUAAUUUUUUCUAAACAGGAGAAUGACGUGGCGAGGGAAAAGAAGUAGACCAUUGUAUGAUUUCCAUGGAGGUCACAGUCUCAUGCUAAGUUCUAUUCAUGUGCUCAUGUCAUACCAAAGAUGUGUUAUUUUAGAUGUACAUACUAGCAUUUGUUUUCUUUAUUCUUUUUGUUUCUGAAAACAUCCAAACUGGUACACAUUAAAUACACGCUUUAGAUGGUUUACUUUUUAUAAAUGUACGUCUGCCACCUGUAUACAGAUAUGUACAACCAAACCACAUGAUAUCGUCUACGCAGGCUGCCGAGGCCUGUGUCUGUAAAUGGUUGCGGAGUCUACUCAGUUUGCCAAGUUGUCAUUACAAAAAGAUCAUUUGAUGUAGUCCAAUCUAUAGGAAAAAUAUAGGAAGCAUGUGUAAUGGCUUGUCAAGAUUUGGCAGCUGGCUGGAAUUGGCCCACCAUGUAUUAUACUCUCUAUGAUCUGGGGAAUUCAUGGGUUGAUAUCUAUCUCAUUAAAUCCUUUAAAUGGAAUAGCUGGAAGUGAAGUAUUAGGGCAGAAUGAAGCUCUUUAAAAUGCCAAUGCUUUGCGAUGCUCAGUUUGAUCAAAUUGGGAAAAGCAGUUAACAAGGAUGUCUGCAGGUCCUUCGAGGGACGUCAACUGAAGGUCGAAUCUCUUACCACCUGUAAAGGCCUAGCAAGCCAUUUUACAUAUUUGAUUUUUCAAAGCAAUGCUUAAUUUUCUUGUAACUGUUUGUGAGGUGACCGGUAGGUUGGUAUUCUGGUGGGUUGGUGAUGUACUGCUCCUGUGCUGCCCACUACUCCCUCAGAGACAGUGCAGACACAGAGCCCAGUGCCUCAUGGGGGCUUGUUGGACUGGCUGACACGUUGAUGUUCCUUCGACCUCCAGAUGAACUCACUGACUGUGGUGGACUGCCACUGGGGAUGGAUAUUGCCUGUUAACAACACAGCCAUUUGCCAGCCAGUGUGCCUGACAGUGUUCGGACUCUAACCAGAUGAAUGUGGACACUCUCUCUGUCACCCAUGGCCACUAUUGGACAUCCUUAACCAUUGAUUGAUGGAGUUGAUGAUGGACUUGAACAUUUGUUGUGGUUGCUUUCAACCGGCAUCCCCCACCCUCCUUACUCCCCAUGUCCAAAUAACAACAUGCUAUGGUAAUUUUUGUAUCUGUCUGGAUAAUUGUCUGUGGUCAUCACUGGCCUGCCACAGGAGAAGGUAAGGGCCGGGAUAUGGAUGGGAGAGGGAGGGGGGUAUGCUUUUGUGAUGUUUCUUGACCUGGGAGCAAAAGUGACACUUUUUGAGAUGAUCAAAGAUGUCAAGAAAUUCUAUAAAAUACUCAAUCAAAAGGACAAAAUCUAUCUGGACUUAUUAGUCUUGUAAAUAUAGAAAAAAGUUACAUAUUUCACUUCUUCUGAAACACAAACUGCUUGUGGCCAGAAGAGGAGCCUUAUCCACAAACCAGUGUGAGGAAGGGAGUCUGUCCUGAAGAUGGCUUUGGGAGGGAGGUGAUGAUUCCCACCAUUUGCUCUGCUCUCCUUGUUUUAAUGAUGAAUAUGUUUCUAACUGCUCCCACAUCCCUCCAUCACAUCCCUCCAUCAUGUCCCUCCACCACGUCACCAUUCUUGCAGAGAUAGUCUAUCACUGAGGUUAUUACUCAUUUCUGAUGGUCACACUCCCUACCAGAACCACACAUGACAGGGACAUUGGAAGCCCUAACAUAAUGAUUUGAAGUGUCAAUCAUUUGAAGUGUCUGGCCUGUAGUAGAGUAUUUUUCAUAGCAAGCUUCAAAUAAGCCGCUGUUACUAUUAUUAUUACUUCAUUCUCACCCCCGUUUUCUUUGUACAAGUCAUUAUUUCGACACAAGUUAUUUUGAAAAGUUUUUUGUUGUGCCAUGAUAACUUUUUUUUCAUUUAAUAAUUGACCAACCCCUAAGCAAACACAGAAAUAAUGCUCUUAUAAUGAUAUCAUGAUCUCAAAGUUUUUUCAGGUAUGCCCCACAUAUUACAUAAAAACUGUCUCAAAAUGGUUUCUGACUGCAGUGCUGGUUUGAGUUUAAAUUGUAAUAAAUGUUGAGCAAAUGUCUUUACAAAUGGCACAUCUCACUCUCAGUUCUAUCAACGUCUUGCCUUACUCUUUAUACCUACCCUGCCCCCUGCCAUCAACCUGGCCUGGAUCUCAUAACUCCCCUGCUCCCUGCCAUCUCCCUUUCCUGGAUGUCUUAACUCCCCUGCCCCCUGCCAUCUCCCUGGCCUGGAUCUCUUAACUCCCCUGCCCCCUACCAUCAACCUGGCCUGGAUCUCAUAACUUCCCUGCUCCCUGCCAUCUCCCUUUCCUGGAUCUCUUAACUCCCCUGCCCCCUGCCAUCUCCCUUUAAUAGAUCUCUUAACUCCCCUGCCCUCUGCCAUCUCCCUGGCCUGAAUCUGAUACCUCCCCUGCUCCCUGCCAUCUCCCUGGCCUGCAAUCUGUACCUCCCUACCCUCUGCCAUCUCCCUGGCCUGAAUCUGAUACCUCCCCUGCUCCCUGCCAUCUCCCUGCCUGAAUCUGAUCAUUCGCUGCCCCCUGCCAUCUCCCUGGCCUGGAUCU